ACCGUGAAAGGAGAUCGGCGGAGACGACCACCUUGAGAGAUCGAUUGGCAUGGAAGAAGCCCACUAUGAGAGGAGAUCGGUGUGGGAAGAUUUGCAUGGGAGGAGAUGGCUGGGAGGGAGAGACCGAUUGAAGGGGAAAUGUGGAACAAUGAGGGAUCUGAACAAUUUGGCAAAGCCCUAGAUAAAGAAUUAUCAAGAGGGUAUUGGCAUCAUUAAGAGGUUCAAUCUUUUUGCCAAACAACACUACCUCUGCGCGAUUCAAGGGCUGCCUCUUAAUGGAUUAUGUAUACUGCAUGUUAAAAUAAUGUCAAAUACACGAACUAUGAUGCGUAACAGUAAAUACAGAGAGGCUCUACACGUAUGCAAGGUUAUAAAUGACAUGAGACGUGGCGUGGGGUGAGGUCAAGCCUCAAGACUUACGAGUUACGGCGAGGCCACGAUGUUUUUCAAGGCGUGCCCUGAGGCGACAUAUACGAACAUCCUUGCCAUUACCGCUCUUAAGAAAGGGGCUUAUCUUCUCAAGUAUGGAAGAAGGGGGAAGCCUAAGUUUUGUCCCUUCAGGCUGGCUAAUGAUGAGUCCAUUCUCAUAUGGUUUUCUGGGAAAGAAGAAAAACACCUUAAACUAAGUGAUGUCACCAGAAUUGUAUCAGGGCAGCAAACUCCAAUCUUUCAAAGGUAUCCACGGCCUGAGAAGGAGUAUCAAUCGUUUUCCCUAAUAUACAAUGAUAGGUCUCUGGAUCUGAUCUGUAAGGACAAGGAUGAAGCUGAGGUAUGGUUUAGUGGCCUUAAGGCACUAAUAUCACGUGGCCGUCAAAGAAAUUGGAGAACAGAAUCAAGGAGUGAUGAAAUCCCAUCUGAAGCUAAUAGUCCCAGGACAUACACGCAAAGAAGCUCACCUUUACAUUCUCCGUUCGGUAGUGGCAAUAGCUCACAGAAGGAAACUGGUGAUCAGCUCUGCCUUCAUAGUCCAUAUGGAAGCCCUCCUAAAAAUGGUCUGGACAAGUCAUUUCCAGAUGUGAUUUUGUAUAAGGUUCCUCCCAAGGGUUUCUUUCCUCCGGUUGCUGCCAAUGGAUCUGUCCACUCAUUGUCAUCUGGCGGUUCUGACAGUAUACAUGGCCAUUUGAGGGGAAUGGGGGUGGACGCCUUCAGAGUUAGCUUAUCAAGUGCUGUUAGCUCAUCAAGUCAUGGUUCUGGUCAUGAUGAUGGAGAUGCGUUGGGGGAUGUUUUUAUUUGGGGGGAAAUCACUGGAGAUGGUGUUAUGGGUGGUGGACCUCACAAAGCAGGCAGUUGUUUUGGUGCUAAGAUGGAUUCUUUGUUGCCUAAAGCCUUGGAAUCUGCAGUAGUCCUCGAUGUUCAGAAUGUUGCUUGUGGUGGAAGACAUGCCGGGCUAGUUACAAAGCAAGGGGAGAUGUUCUCUUGGGGUGAGGAAUUAGGGGGUAGACUUGGCCAUGGCAUAGAUUCUGAUGUUUUGCAUCCAAAAUUGAUUGAUUCCCUUAGCAGUACAAACAUUGAGCUUGUAGCAUGCGGUGAGUAUCAUACAUGUGCUGUUACCCUCUCGGGUGAUCUGUACACAUGGGGUGAUGGACAUUUUGGUAUUCUUGGGCAUGGGAAUGAAGUUAGCCAUUGGGUUCCAAAGAGGGUAAAUGGUCCAUUAGAGGGUAUCCAUGUUUCAUCCAUUUCAUGUGGGCCCUGGCAUACUGCUGUAGUGACCUCUGCUGGGAAACUGUUUACUUUUGGUGAUGGGACAUUCGGUGUUUUAGGGCAUGGAGAUCGAAAAAGUGUUUCAAGACCUAGGGAAGUGGAGUCACUCAAGGGACUUCGAACUGUAAGAGCUGCUUGUGGCGUCUGGCAUACUGCUGCAGUUGUAGAAGUUAUGGUGGGCAAUUCAAGUUCCAGUAAUUGUUCUUCAGGAAAGCUAUUUACAUGGGGAGAUGGUGAUAAAGGUCGACUAGGACACGGGGACAAGGAAACUAAACUAGUACCUACUUGUGUUGCUGCACUGGUUGAUCCAAACUUCUGUCAAGUCGCAUGUGGACAUAGCAUGACACUAGCACUCACUACUUCAGGUCAUGUGUACACAAUGGGCAGUCCUGUUUAUGGUCAACUAGGAAAUCCUCAUGCUGAUGGAAAGCUCCCCUCUUGUGUUGAUGGAAAGCUCUCAAAGAGUUUUGUAGAGGAGAUAGCUUGUGGUGCCCAUCAUGUCGCAGUUCUAACUUCAAGGACAGAAGUUUAUACUUGGGGCAAGGGAGCUAACGGUCGACUGGGUCAUGGAGACACAGAUGAUAGAAACUAUCCAACUCUAGUAGAAGCCCUAAAAGACAAGCAAGUUAAAAGCAUUGCCUGUGGUACAAAUUUUACUGCAGCUAUAUGCCUUCAUAAGUGGGUCUCAGGAAUUGAUCAGUCCAUGUGUUCUGGAUGCCACCUUCCAUUUAAUUUCAAAAGAAAGCGCCAUAAUUGUUACAAUUGUGGCCUUGUUUUUUGUCAUUCAUGCAGUAGCAAGAAGUCACUCAGGGCCUCUAUGGCACCAAAUCCAAACAAACCCUAUCGUGUUUGUGAUAUUUGUGUUAAUAAAUUGAAGAAAGCUAUUGAAGCUGAUGCCUCAUCACAGUCUUCUGUGAGUAGAAGAGGAAGUUUAAAUCAGGGUUUAAAUGAGUUAAAUGAUAAAGAUGAUCGGUUGGAUUCACGAUCUCGUCCUCGGCUUGCUAGGCUUUCUUCAAUGGAAUCUUUGAGACCAGUUGAAAAUCAUUCUUCUAAGCGCAACAAGAAGCUAGAGUUCAAUAGCAGCCGUGUCUCGCCUAUUCCUACUGGAAGCUCUCAGUGGGGAGCUCUUAACAUAUCAAAAUCUUUCAAUCCGGUAUUUGGUUCUUCCAAAAAGUUUUUCUCAGCUUCAGUUCCUGGUUCGAGAAUUGUUUCUCGAGCAACAUCUCCAGUCUCAAGACGGCCCAGCCCACCUCGCUCCACCACACCAACUCCAACUUUGGCUGGACUAUCUUCACCCAAGAUCAUUGGUGAUGAUGCUAAAAGGACAAAUGAUAGCCUCAACCACGAAGUAACUAGACUAAGAGCACAGGUUGAAAGUCUUACCCGUAAAGCCAAACUUCAAGAGGUUGAGCUGGAAAGAACUUCUAAACAGCUGAAGGAGGCUAUAGCAAUCUCAGGGGAGGAAAGUUCAAAAUGCAAGGCAGCGAAAGAAGUGAUCAAGUCACUUACAGCACAACUGAAAGACAUGGCAGAAAGGCUGCCUGUGGGAGCUGCACGGGACGUCAAACCUUAUUCGUUCACUUCCUUUGGCUCCAAUCUUGCUUCCAGUGAUGUCUUGUUAAAUGAUCAGCCUAAUGGUCAAAUGACAUCAUAUAAGGAACCUGAUUUAUGUGGUUCAAAUACCCAAUUACUGUCAAAUGGAUCAAGCACCAUCUUAAACCGCAGUUCAGGACACAUCAAAGCAAGUCAUUCGGAAGCAACAGCAAGAAAUGGUAGCAGAAACAAAGAUAGUGACUCUCGUGGUGACGAUGAAUGGGUUGAACAAGAUGAACCUGGUGUUUAUAUUACGCUGACAUCCUUGCCUGGAGGUAUUAAAGAUCUUAAGCGCGUCCGCUUCAGUCGAAAGCGUUUCAGUGAGAAACAAGCAGAGCAAUGGUGGGCUGAGAAUCGUGCAAGAGUUUAUCAACUCUAUAACGUCCGACUGGUUGACAAAUCAAGCGUAGGUGUUGCAAGUGAUGACUUAGCACAAUGACAUGUAGAAACUUCGUAUGUAAAUGAAUCUCCUAAUUCUUGUUUUCUGCUGCUGCAUUUUUACAAAGCAAAGCUCGCUUUGAUUGGAUUUGUCCGGUUUAGUCACAUCAUCUCAUCAUCAGGAGCCGGGUUGGUCUUCAUGCAAACAACUGCUUUAUACUUUGGGGUAUAGGUCAGGUCUGCAUACAACAUACCAUACCCUUAACCCCACAUUUGGGUGGGAUAUACAGGGCUCGUUUGGUUUGGUUUGGUUUGGUUUGAGUUAUCUCAUCAUCUGGAGGUUAGAAAGCAAAGAUUCCCCAUCCAUCUUCCUUUAUAGGUUCCAUUAAAAUUGUUUUACUUUUCAUGGUUGAUGAAUAUGUAAAUUGGUUGUAGGUUUUCUAGCUCUUUUUCUUCAAAGCUGCUACAGUGUAUAUUGUCAUAAUAUCUUUCGAGUUUUGGCUUCUUAGGUUCCAGAGUUUGGUGUAUCUCCAGAUCUUGUGGAUUGCUUGUAUUUUGCUAUCAUCUAAUGUUCACUGGUUUUUCCUUU